UACACGAGCUCUUAUAACGUCUGUGUAAUGAUUUGUGAUGAUUUUUUUAACGUUGCAUUUUAAAAAAGUAAAUAGGUCUUUAGACUUUGGUCCUUAUUUGUUACUACUCUAUACUUGAAGUAGUUACUAUAAUUGACUCUUGAUUUUUGAAGAAUCAUUUAUAUCUUUUUUUAUCUGCUAAUCAAAUAUGAUUACUUAACCUGUACAUUUUAUGAUUUCACAGAUAUGUGAAUGGGGUAUAUAUUCCGUAGAUAACACUAUUCAUUACAUAUCCUUGGACAUUACUCAGAUAUCUACUCUUAUCUUCCUCCGGCAGUCCGGUUUACAUUCUGUCUGCAUUACGCAACAGUUCAUGGACGAAUAGCGUCCUAAGAAUUUCUUAACCAUUUGUAUAUCCAAUCAUUCUUCUUUUGAAACAUUGAAUCAUAGUCAAAUGCAGCCGUUGCAAGCUUGAACAAUUUCCCCUUUUUUGUUCAUGAAAAGUGCAAAAUAUAAAUGUUCAAAAUGUCUUCUUCAAAGUUCGUUGUUUUGUCUAUGAUAUCUGGAACUCUAUCGGCUCUGUUGGCAACGCAUGCUGGAACAAAAUCAAUACAAAACUGCUUAUUUGGAUUUCUUGCUGCUGUAGCUUUCUGUAUCUCUCUCAUGUUCUUGUGGAUUCUGACCCUUCGUCCAUCUCCUCGGCAAGGAAUACUAUCGGUUCUUCGUCAGCUGUAUUUCGCAGGCACCUCUCACAUUAGAGGGAAGUAUCGUCUCCGUGAACUAAAGGCAGCCUGGAAGAACCCUCGACAUGCUCAGGAACAGUUUCUAAUGAGGAUUCUUAAGGAGAAUGGGGACACUGACUACGGAAAGAAGUUUCAGCUGCAGAACAUACACAGCGUUGAAGAGUUCCGAAAACGCCAUCCGUUGACGACCUAUGAAGAUUACAAACCCUACGUUGAACGUGUAAUGGCUGGAGAGCGUGGCGUCAUGACUCAGGUUAUCCCUAAUGCCUUCAUCCAAACUUCCGGUACGACUGGUCCUUCAAAGUAUUUUCCACAAAGAGAUCACAGGCUUACAUUGCGAAGAUGGCUGGACGUUACAUUUGCCAAUCUGCACGAAGUAUGCCCUAAGAUAGGACUGCUCCAGAAGAAAAUCUUCCACUACGUCCAACCGGUGAUGUCUAGGGCAGAAAGCGGAGGAAGCAUCAGGACAGGAGUUUCUUUUUACGAAGAUGGUUUUAUGGCAUCCUGUUAUACGACACCUCCCGCGGGUUUCCGUAUCCAGUCUUUCAAAGAGGCCAAUUAUAUCCACCUUCUGUUUGGUCUCCUUAAUCCAAACGUGGGGGUUUUCUGUGCAGUUUUCCUUGGCGCCAUUGACAAUUUGAUGCAGCAGCUUGAGCAAUGGUGGGAGGACAUCGUCCACGAUAUUGAACAUGGAACAAUCAAUGAGAAGGUGCAAAUUAACGAUACAGCCAUUCGAGCAUCGCUUGAAGUAGCUCUUGGUCGUGGUCAUCCGGUGAGGGCGGGCGAACUGAGAUGUCAGUUCAAAAAAGGAUUCAAUGGCAUCAUGAAAAGGGUUUGGCCUAACCUUGAGGUGCUAGUGGCGGUAGAUAAUGCUGGAGUCUGGCCAAAACUAAAAAAGACAUAUGCGAAAGGUGUAAAGCUUGUGACUUUCGCAUAUGGAACCUCAGAAGGUAUGCAUCAAGGGUUGUCGCCCUGGAUACACGAUGACAAUCACGGCAUUGCUUUCUGGAUCACAAGUUCCUUCUUCGAAUUCAUUAAAUUGGAGAACUCGCAUGAGAGUCAGCCUACAACUUUCCUCAUCGACGAGCUGGAGGUCGGGCAGGCGUACGAGAUCGUCUUCACCCAAGAUUGUGGUCUCUAUAGAUACAGGGUAGGAGAUGUCAUACGAAUAACCGGAUAUCACUACAACUGCCCCAUAUUUGAAUUCAUGUAUCGGUUGGGGUUGAUCCUGAACUUGCGUUAUGAGAAGAUGAACCAAGUUGUUCUAAAGGAGGGCCUCCAGUCGGCCGUUGGACAGUUCACUGGCGUUAGGCUAGUCGAGUACGCAGUGGCUGAAAGCAAACUUAUUCCGAAAUCAUCACCAGCAUCUGAAGAGACAGAAGACAUGCCGUAUUACGUGAUAUUCCUAGAAUUAGGCCACGUAGGAAACUCAACUAGACAUGAAGACAACAAAAUGACGAAGGUUAAUGAGAUUACAACUGCAAUCGACAAUGCGCUACGCGAGCGUAACAGCGACUACCAGAGACUGCGGAGAGAAGGCGCUAUUUCACACCCUCGCGUUUACAUCGUGGACACAGGCACGUUCGAAGAUCUAAAGCAAUACGUGGUGAAUACUACCAGCACGACUAUCAACCAGUACAAAGUGCCCCGGAGAAUUCGUACCGUUGAUAUUCUUAACUUUAUGUAUGAUCACGCGACAAGCAGCCCAGCCAAGGAUAAAUAAUAAUCUUCUUGGAUCUUAGAUAAAACGGAGUGUGAGAAAGAUUCAAAGAAUAACCGACUGAUGAAUGGUAGAGUCACAUGACGAAACCGACUUCAAUCCGACUUUCCGGAUAGCCGUUACAAAUAUCGUUUCAAGUUUGGGGGUCCAGAGUCGAUUUUGCUUUUGUAACUGCGGCAUAAAAUAGUAUCUUAACUCGGUCCUUGCAGUGUAGUCUCGUUGUUCCUUAAAUACGCUCACCCUUCCACAUGACUGAUAAUGGCGUUAUGUUACGGAAUCCUGUUCAUAGCCUAUUAUAUGAAUGGUAUGUGGAAUGACAGUUUCUGAAUAAUUAACAUUUUCACUUCCCCCUAAUUUCUUUAAAGUAACACGUUUUCCUUUAAACUCCUAAUCGUCAUCGGAAAUUGUUAAAAACUUACAAGUUUUAUUUCGUCAUGAAUGUCAAAUGAAACAGGAACAAGUAGAAAGUUUGUGAUACAGGUCUCAUGUUAUCAGUUGCAUGUCACAGUUUCUACGAAAAAAUAUCAUACCAUUGCUUCGACCUACACUCUAAAUUACAGGGAUUUAAAAUAAGUCCACUUGGACUGUUAGUAGUUGGGGAUCAAUCGAAUUCUGGAUUUAGUUUGAAUCCUUAAGAUUCAUUUUUGAAUCUCGAAAGAUUAAAAUUUAAAGCAUUUGAGGUUUAAAUUUAAGUCUUUAGGAUUAAACUAACUCCAGGCCAAUCGAUUGGUCCCUAACUGUAGUCCAUCUGGACUUAUUUUAAAUCCCUGUAAUUUAGAGUGUAUCAAAAGUCCACCUGGAAACCAUAGCAUAUUGUCCUCGCGUGGACUUGGAUCUAAGCUAAAGGCCUAUGCAAUGGUAAGAGUAAGUUGAGGGUGGUGGUUCGUUCGUGGCAACCUGAAUGCGCAUGCGUACUCUUAUUCCGAAGACACAAGUCAUGAAAAUUCAUAUCGGAGUCCGGAACUACGGUAGAAACAAUAAUUUCGCAGCCGUUAUUUUUUUUUCUGUUACCCGUUAAGUUGAUGUUUUAGGCAAUCUUUUACGUAAAGCACAUCCCGGUACGCCUACAAAAUGUACUUCAAAUGCCUCUCAACUUUAGUUUGUGAAACCUUUACGAAACUGGUUUCCAUGUCAUAUUUGUUUAUUAGUCAUGUCAGUAUAAGCUUAUAAAUUUCGUUUAAAAUGAGUCGUGACAAGAAAUAAGCAAGUUAAUUGAUGUUAUUUUUCUAUUAUAUCUUAAACAUAUUUUUGAACGUAUUUCAAGUCUCAAGUUUAUUGUUCAUAAACCAAACGAAGCAUGCUCGAAUAAUAUUCAUGUUGUCAUUAUUUUUUGUGUCGGUUGAUCAUACGGCGACACUGCCAUAUAACGGAUGUUGCGACUGGUGGUGGUCAAUUUGAAAAAAAAAAUCAUUUUUUGUAAGUACAAGUAUUCUAUGCGGUAUAUUCCAAUCAACUAUGUUCACUCUGUUUCAAAUUAUCGGUUCUUGCUAUUAUUUUGUGAGCGCACUUUAUUUGCAAUUAAAGGAAAAACAUCAUGUCAUUGUAUUGUAAAAAAAAUAUCAAAAGGUAAUGUUAAUUGGAGUAUCAUUGUAAAUAUCAAACUCGACAACGUAAUCAUGAUAUUUGUUUUCUGAAUUCUAUUUUUCGUCAAGUCACUGGUGAAAUGAUUUAUGUGCUGUAGUGAUUAAACUUCAACCUCCUAAAUAACAUGUUUACCGUAUGUAAAUUGUCAUGAAAUACAUUUGAUGCAAGGAUUCACCACCAUGGCCUUUUAAAAAUUUCUUAACAUUUCAAGUUUAAGGAAUGGUGGGUGAGCUCCACUGAGCGGCAUAUUACUUGCAACCAUCCUGACCGUAGCCAUGCAAGCCAUGGUAAAACAGUAUUGCAAACGCGUUCAGAUAUUUUACAAGAUUGUAAAAUCUGCUCCAGUCUUUUGGGACAUUUAUUGAUAUAUUGUCGAUUAAAAUCUAUUUGCAUUUUUUUUUCAUUCCUUGAUUGUUACAAUUCAAAAUUUAUUCUAAAAUUGUCGUUUGUUCACUUGACUUCGCUCCUCUUGAGCAUGUUGAGUGAGUGAGAAAUGUAUUUGAUUUUCUUUUCAAUUUUCUGACUUGUAAAAUUGUUACGCUGUCGUGAGUUACAACUUACACCCUCAUUAAAUUCAUAUGCAACAUUCUAACACACUCACCAGCUCAGAGAUAUUGGCAAAGUAUGUGUGCUAGAGACGGUGGAUCGCUGAUGUUGAUGAUGAUGACGAUCCCUGGGAUGGUGAUAAUGAGAUGAUUUUCAAGAUGAGUAAAUGUAGGGCUAAGUUGACGGUGAUGAGGCUGAUAGUAUUCGAACUGACAGAAACACCAGUAUUAGACAAUACCGAAAUGGCUUGUCUUAUUAUUUAACAAUAUUAAUGCUAUGAUUAUAAUUUGUGCUACACAAAUCCUUGAAGACGGGGAUCUCACUGAGCAGAAACAUAUAUUGUUCAUUCUGCUCAGUGAGAUACACGUCUUCAAGUAUUUGUGUAUCUAUUUAUAUUAAGCACACAAGAAAAACACAUGGACCUGAUGUAUAUGGGAUUAUGAAAAACUUUCUUGUAUAUUUAUUUCCUUUUGACCUGGCACUUCCAGUUUCAAGAGUCUGAGUAGCUGAGUGUGGUGUACAAUAUCAUUUAUUCGAAGAUAAUCGAAUAGCGUGA